CGCCGUCGAACCAUGACCCUCUAGUAGUUGUUUCCCCUUGGGAAGUACGCUGGGACCCAGUAUGUGGCGCAGCAUCGUCAGAUGUCUCGUACCGUGCGAGCUGCUUUCCCAGCUGGGUCCCGCAGACAAGCGGAUGUGGUAUGAAUCAAAAUGCUUAAUCAGGCAAGCUUCGGAUGAGGACGAUGCUUUUCUCCUGCUGUACUCAGUGAGAGUGCGUGACACGGGAUAGAAAAAAAGUCUCGCCGAGGACGUUGCCGACCCUCGGUGCGAACUCGCUGGCGAAGCCUGCUCGAGCCUAAAACCUGAGCCAAAUGGCUACGGUGACAGGCAACCUUAGGGUGAGGACAGAUCGAUGUCACAGCGUUCCAGAGCGCUCUCGCAGCGUUCCGGCGUGUUUUGGAACCACGGCAGCCGCGCCCGAUGCUUUGUCCAGACCCGCUGGCCUUCAGGGAGUCAUCGCUUGAAGUUGUGCGUGUCCGCUUUUAGGAAGAAUAUUUAAGGAAGGUUAAACCAUAUUCGGGGGACGAUGUUUCGUGCUCUUGUUUGGGUAUGGUUGACUAUGUGUGGAUUAUGUUAUUACUGUUUCUGCCAACGCCAGCCUGCAGGAGGACGAGCCCGACCUGAUCCGAGCUCCUCCUCCGAAGGCGUCCUCGUCCUCGGAGAGAGGAGGCGCGGCGCCCUGGCGAGGGUGUCCAGAGGAUGCCCCGCCCCCCUCCCCCCCAGGCUCCUCGUGCAGGUGGUGGUGCCGCCGGGCCUCGCGGGACGGGUUUCGAGAGCCCCAGAGGCCAGGCAGAUGUCCAACCGGGCGCCCGAGAGCGUCACGCCCCACGCGCGGGGACGGCGAAGUUGUAACACGGGCCUGCUGUGACGGGCAGCGCUGGCGGCGCAGGCGAAACGUGGGGCGCAGCAUCCGCCGGCGUGCUCCAGGCCGCUGGCGCAUAAAGCUCAUCGACCUGAUGCACUACACCCUCACCGGCAAGG